UCCGAGACAAGUUCAUCGGCAUAGAUGAACCCUCUUAAAUUUACUCUUAAGUUUUCCUCUUAAAUCUUAAAAGUUAACUUGUUUUUUAACGAAAUAAUAUGUCUUUUCAGGUACAGAACAUUUAAUUUUCAAGCCAGUAUUUUCAACAUUCAGCGAGAGUGGAAAUGGAUCAAAUAUUGACAGCAGCCGGGGCUGCCACUGGGGGCAUAAGUUCGUUUUUCUCACUCUUAGUCGCAGCAAUUAUUUAUUUUCAAUACGAGCUUUUGGAUCCAGAAUCAAGACCAAUUAAUAUUCCGUCCGAACUUUUGAUGCCUACGUAUGAUUUCAUAGUGAUAGGAGCAGGAUCUGCAGGCGCUGUGGUGGCGAGUCGAUUGAGUGAGGUAGAAAACUGGAAUGUGUUACUUCUAGAGGCAGGAGGAGAUGAAACGGACAUAUCUGACGUGCCCCUUUUAGCGGGGUACUUACAACUGAGUCAAUUGGACUGGAUGUAUAAAACUGAGCCACAGGGAAAUUCAUGCUUAGCAAUGGAAAAUGGCCGGUGCAAUUGGCCCCGCGGCAAAGUCGUGGGAGGCAGCUCUGUGUUGAAUUAUAUGCUGUAUCUGCGCGGCAACAAGCGCGACUACGACAUCUGGGAGGCCGACGGCAACGUUGGCUGGGGCUCUCAAGAGGUGCUGCGCUACUUCAAGAAAUCCGAGGACAAUCAGAAUCCUUACUUGACGCGCACGCCUUAUCACUCGCAGGGCGGUUAUCUCACCGUUCAAGAGGCCCCGUGGCACACGCCGCUGGCGGCGGCUUUCGUCAAGGCGGGCCAGCAGAUGGGCUAUGAGAAUCGCGACAUCAACGGCGCGCAUCAAGCUGGCUUCAUGAUCGCCCAGGGCACGAUUCGAGGUGGCAGCCGAUGCUCCACGGCCAAGGCUUUUUUGAGGCCUGCCAGGUUGAGGAAGAAUCUUCACAUUGCUAUGAAUUCCCAUGUAACCAAGGUCUUAAUCGAUCCAACUAGUAAACGAGCUUACGGCGUGGAAUUUAUGCGUGAAAAUCAGAUAUAUCGAAUUCGUGCAAAAAAAGAAAUAAUCGUCUCGGGUGGAUCUAUCAAUUCGCCACAAAUUCUCAUGUUGUCUGGAGUAGGUCCUCAGGAACAUUUGAAGCAAUUAGGAAUUCCAGUGAUACAGAAUUUGCGCGUCGGUGAAAAUCUCCAAGAUCACGUGGGAGUUGGCGGUCUUACCUUCAUGGUGAAUCAAGAAAUUUCCAUGGUCGAAAAUCGCCUGCACAGCGUCAACGCCGUUUUACAGUAUGCCGUCUUUGGCUCGGGUCCGUUGACCGUAUUGGGUGGCGUGGAAGGUCUAGGAUUCGUCAACACCAAAUACGCCAAUGCUACCGAAGAUUUUCCUGACGUCGAACUGCAUUUCAUUUCUGGAUCGACGAAUUCCGACGGAGGUCGGCAAAUCAGAAAAAUUCACGGUCUGACAAAGCGCUUCUACGACAUAGUUUUCGGCCCGAUCAACAAUCAAGACGUAUGGAGUGUCUUGCCCAUGCUUUUGCGUCCCAAGAGCAAAGGUGUUAUCAAGCUAAGAUCGAAGAAUCCGUUCGAUCAUCCGCUCAUCUACCCGAACUACUUUCAAGAUCCGCAGGACAUGAAGGUCCUCGUCGAAGGUGUCAAAAUAGCCAUGGCUCUGAGCCGGACUCCAGCAUUCAGGAAGUACGGCAGUGCACUGAAUCCAACGCCUUUCCCAGGCUGCACACAUCUGCCGAUGUACAGCGAUCCUUACUGGGAGUGCAUGAUUCGUCAUUAUUCGGCCACUGUCUACCAUCCAGUAGGAACUUGUAAAAUGGGCCCGUAUUGGGACUCCGAAGCAGUCGUUGAUCCUCAGCUCAAAGUUUACGGAUUAUCUGGACUUCGGGUGAUCGAUGCUUCGAUCAUGCCUAAACACAUAAGUGGAAACACCAACGCCCCAGCGAUUAUGAUUGGCGAGAAGGGCGCAGAUAUGAUUAAAGAGUAUUGGUUUAGGAAUAGACACGUGGGCUGAAAUAGGAGACUAAAGUCGAAAAGGAUGAUUUUCAAGUGAUAAAUUUCGUGCAGCAAUGAAACGCCUAAAGUGCGGAUCUGCACCGACUACUUAGCCUUUUAACGACUAGUAUUAUUUACGAAUAUUUUAUCAGUAUUUUUAGUAAAAAAUAUCACUAUAAAUAUUAUAAAUGCAACGCUGUAUUUAUUAUCGAAUAUGUGAAACUGAAAAUAUGCAAGGUAAUUCUUUGUACAAUUUUAAUUAGACUUAUAAUCGCAAACUCGAAUGAUUGGUUUACUCAAGAAAUUAAACGAACUUCAACAAUGAGUAAAAUUAUGUUUUUCCUAUCGCUGUUAAUUUUGUAAAAAUUACAAUUCUACUGCAGUAUACUUAACGUAAAUAUAUGUGUGUGUGGACACGAAUAUAGUUAGCUUUUUAACGUUCUUGAAGAAUGAAUUUGUAUAAACGUAUGUUUACAAAUAUGAUUAGGCCGAUGAUAGUCCGUCAUCGCCACCUACUUUCACAAAAAUUAUUUCGAAUAUUGCUAAAACAAAUUUCGAAGUGUAUAUGUGUUAAGAAAGCGCAAGUACUGUUAUACAUAAUUUUUGUAGUAUGUUGACUUCUUCCCAAACUGUAAAUAGUUAAUGAACUAUAUAAAUAUAAAAAUCAAGUUGAAUUAUUCAAAAUAGUUUGUAAUGGACAUUGUUCUAGAUUCGACAAAAAAUUCGACGAAUUCGUAAAAUAAGGA